GAAGACAGGAUUUUUUUGUGUCAGUAACCUUACUUUUUUUUUGUUUUGACGGCUGAAACAAAAUAUAUACAGAAAAGAAAAUGAAUAAUAUAGAAUUACCUGUUGAAAAAGAGCCCGAAGUUAAAUCCACAGACGACACCAGUCUUUUAGUUAUAAUUCUAGACACUAAUCCUGGCCAAAAAUUACUCAGAGAAAACCCCAACAUAAUAACUCAAGUUGUAGAUUCUGUUGUUGCUUUUGGAAACUCUCAUUUAAUGCAAAAAGCUCAAAACAAACUGGCGAUAUUGACCUGCCACUCGAAAACGAGUCAGUUUAUAUAUCCUGGACCUAAAAAGUUGUUAGAUGUUAGGCAAAUAGACGGUCAAUAUGAAGCAUUUACUUUGGUAGAGAAAACAGUAAAACAAAAUAUAACCAGUAUUUUAAGUAUGGAGAAUUCUGGAAUUGUAACAGAGUCCUUGUUAGCUGGAGCUGUAGCAAUGGCUUUAUGUUAUAUCGCAAGAAUACAGAGAACUAAAGCUAACGGUGUCAAGUUAAAUUGUCGAAUAUUAGUUGUUACAGGGAGUAGCGAUUCAGCUUCACAAUACAUGAAUUACAUGAACGUGUUUUUCACAUCACAGAAACAAAAUAUCGUGAUAGAUGUUUGUGCUUUAGAUCAACACUUAAGUUUAUUACAGCAAGGUUGUGAUAUUACAGGAGGAUUGUAUUUGAAAGUACCUCAAGUUAGUGCAUUAUUGCAAUAUUUAUUGUGGGUGUUUCUUCCUGAACCUCCUAUAAGGGAGAAACUUAUUUUGCCACCACCUGUAAAGGUUGAUUACAGGGCAGCUUGUUUUUGUCAUAGGGAGUUAAUUGAUAUUGGAUAUGUUUGUUCCGUAUGUCUUUCAAUAUUUUGCAAAUUCAGUCCUAUCUGCACAACAUGUCAUACUGUUUUUAAAAUUCCUGGUCCACUUGCUGUUAAACCAAAGAAGAAGAAAAUAAAAAUGUAAAAAAGGACAGUGAAUUUGGAUUUUUUAUACUACAAAUUAGAAUUAGAAUAAGUAUAUUUUAUUUAUUAUAAGUAAAAAAUAAAAUUCUCU